AAAAAGGGGUCAAAUUGUAAACCAUCAGAACUUGGAGGAUCAUUUGAUAAAACAGUUGGGAAGAGCAAAGUUAGACUCGCCGGGACAACAAACGGCGACCACCAGUUACAUGAUUCAAAGAUAUCUAUACCUCUCAUCUGGCAAAUAAGAUGAGAUAGUGCCUGAUAAUAUCUGAGACUGAGAGAGGGAGCUGAGGGAAGGGAAUCUACGAUGAUGCGUCUCGACAAGAUUCAGCCGACGGUCCACCGCCCCUCGGCUUUCUCCGGCUUCACUCCCUCUCUUGGCAGCCGCGUCGGUUCCACUGUCAAAGUAAUGUCGCGCAUGGUCACAGAUAAAGCCCCCGCCUCCUCCGCCACGUCUCCACCUAAAAGAGCUGUCUCCGCCUUCGAAGCUCGAGUUUCCCUCGUCUUCGCCCUUGCUGCUCAGACCACCAAUGUUUCUCAGCGACUUCUGCGCGAUUUGGCGAACGAGACUGCCAGAUACGUCUUCCCGAAGCGGUUCGAGAGCCGGAAUUUGGAGGAGGCUUUGAUGGCAGUGCCUGAUCUGGAGACACUGAAGUUCAAGGUAUUGAACAGGAGAGACGAGUACGAGAUAAGAGAGGUCGAGUCUUACUUCAUAGCGGAGACCACAAUGCCGGGAAAGGCUGGAUUCGAUUUCAGUGGUGCUUCUCAGUCCUUCAAUGUCUUAGCUGAGUACUUGUUUGGUAAGAAUAUGGUGCAAGAGAAGAUGGAAAUGACAACUCCAGUCAUUACCAGUAAGACCCGGCAGCCCGUUGGGGAGAAAAUGGACAUGACGACUCCUGUGAUAACAAAGAAGGUGGAAGAUGAGGAGAAGUGGCAGAUGUCCUUUGUAUUGCCCUCGAAAUAUGGCUCCGAUUUUCCAUUGCCCCAAGACCAAACCGUGCGGAUCAUUGAGGUGCCAAAGAGAGUUGUGGCAGUUGUUGCUUUCUCAGGGUUCGUCACAGAUGAAGAAGUUAAACAGCGCGAAGUUACACUAAGAGCCGCUUUACGAAGUGAAAGAGAGUUCAAAGUCAAAGAAGGUGCAUCAGUGGAAGUUGCACAAUACAAUCCACCUUUCACCCUGCCAUUCAACCGCCGGAAUGAGAUUGCAAUAGAGCUGGAAAGGAAGGUAGAGGCAGCUGCUUGAUAAUAGAGACUCCAGAUGCCAGAGCAUGUAUAUAUAUGUAAAUGUAGACAUAGUAUCACCAGUGUGCCUGUAUUGUCAUUUCAGCUUUCACAUGCUGUAACAAAGGUGACCACUUCGCCACUUAUGGUAACGGGAUAUGUAUAAAUACGAACAGAAUGCAUCUUGCUGAGAUUAUGUUUCAGCUUUUACAUGUUGAUUACAAAGAUGACCCUUUUGCCGCUUGUGCCAUGGGGAUAUGUGUAUGCGAAUGUUUGUUUUUGAAUAUAUAUAUGUACGAAUGUUCUAUGCACAGCUCUGAA